AAAAAAACAUAGGAGAGCUAAAAAUUCACCAAAAAUGGCAGGGACAAAGAACUCUCCACGGCCAACCCAUCAGCCAAAUCCGUAUUUAGAGUCUGCCGGUCAUGUACUUGACCCAAUUUCUCUCAUUCUCUCUCUGAAUUCAACCCCCACUAACCCAAUUCCUUUACGGCUUACAACAGACACCUAUAUAUUGGAAAGAGGUCCCGGGUACAGGGCAUAUGCAGAGUUGAGAGAAACAAGGCUGAGAAUGAAACAUGGGAAGCAACGAGAAAGUGAAGAAAUCGAAUUUCAACAAACCCAGAAAAAGGAACUAGUGAAAUCCAGUUCCAGUUUGGGGAUUCCUAGGACAUGUUCCUCUGUUUUGGGUCCACCAGUGCCUGAAUUUUCAGCAACUUCGAGGAAAGAGAACCGGAAGCAGCCGGGAAAGAAAUGGUCAAAGGGGAAUGAUGUUUCGUUGUGGAAUUGGAAGGGGACCAAGUCAGGGGAGAAGAAGGGAAGGUUGAUGAUGAUAACAAGGAAGAGUAUUGAAGAAUUGAAACGGGAUUCAUCAUCUGCUGCUAAUGCUAUUAAUGGUGAAAACAGGGGAGGUAAGAAUACUGGUAACAGGUAGACUAGAGAGCAUUGAAAACAAGCAAGACGUUGAAUUUCAAAGUUGCUUUCGUCUUCAUUUGGUUUCUUGAUCGGAUUUGUUUUAGA